AUGCAGCCCCCGUGCUCGCUCCAGCCGGGCCCCGGCGUCCCCCCCGUGUCCCCGGGCGGCACCACCUCCGCCUCCGCCUCCACCACCACCACCACCGUGGGCUUCCAGCUGCUGGGGGAGAAGCAGCUCUUCGAGAAGUUUUGGAGGGGGACUUUCAAGGCUGUGGCCACCCCGAGACUGGAGAGCGUCAUCGUGGCCAGCAUCACCGCCUGCAGGAGGGUGACCAAUUUAGAGACCACGGCCUGCCAGCUGCUCAAGACCGAUGAGAGGAAAGCGGCGGACCUCAGGGUGGAGCCCAGGGUGGACCUCAGGGUGGACUCCAGGGUGGACCUCAGGGUGGACCCCAGGGUGGACAGGGACGGCUGCAUCAAAGGGAAAGGACGUAAACACCACAGCCACCGCAGGGCCAGGAGCCCCUCCUUCGACGAGGAGCUCUCCCCUCGGCCCAAGGGCAAGAAGAAGAAGAAGAAGAAGAAGAGAAAGUCUGAACGCAAGAGGAAAAGGAAAAGGUCUCCCUCCUACAGCCUGUCGCCGCUGAGGAAGAAGAAGAAGAAGAAGAGGAAGAAGAGCGCCAAGAAAAGCAAGCGCCACAGGUAUACCUCCAAAAAGUCAAAACACAGCUCUUCAAGUUUAAAACACAAGAGGAAGUAUGAGCGCAAACACAAGAAAAGUUCUGGGACUCACUCUCGGCGGAGGCGACGCUAUCGGAGGUCAGAGCCGGACAGUCCAUCUUACCAAUCUCCUGCAGAGGACAGCAGACACCAUGUGCACAGGUCCAAUGGAGGGCUGGACCACACGGACGUGAAGUGGAGGCCUGCAACCAAAUCAGUGUGUAAAACGGCUCCAAAAUAUGGCUCCGUCCUCUCGACCGCUACCAUUUUGUCGUCAGAAGCCGGACGAGAGACUUCACACGGGAACGGGUCUCGGGGUUUAUCCGGCCGGUCCGAGGUCCCGCGCGAUUACGAUUCGGGCAACGACACGUCGUCGCCGCCGUCCAGCAAAACCGGUGUUUUUCAGACGAGCGUCGCCGACAACGAGAGGCACCGCUGCGAGCGCCUGGCCUCGCCAGAGAAGCUGAAGUUCCCUGACAGAGACAGCUGCGCCUCUGACUCGGGAAACUCCGUGACCAGCUACGCCUCCCUGUGCAGACCCUGUGCGGAGGACGGCCUGUUGGGUGGCAACGGCAAGAGAGGGCAGAUGACCUUGGGGUGUCGGGUGGAGGUCGUGAGAUCCCCAAAGACUUCCGGCUGUUCCCAGAGGAGGAGAAAGUCGUCUGGAAGGCGAAGGAAAACGCGCCGCAGCCGCAGCCGGAGACGCAGCCGGUCCUCGGGGAGCUCCAGAUACUCUGGCCGCUACUCUCGAAGCCUGUCGCUGUCAUCCUGCAGCUCGCGCUCGCCGAGUUCUUCGACGGAUCCGAGGCGGCGAGGCAGCGUGGCCAGCCUGAGCUCCAGAGGGAGCUACUCCAGACGCGGCGCCGACAGACUCCGAGACAGAAAGAGAACGCACGGCUCCGGGGGGGCGGAUGUGAAGUGUGCACACAAGGUUAGUGGGAAGAGGCCGAGACGGAAAUCCUACUCGCCGAUGAAGAAACGGAGGAGAGACUCGCCGAGCCACCUGGAAGCGCGGCGAAUCACCAGUGCCAGGAAGCGGCCCAUCCCUUACUUCCGACCCAGCCCGUCCUCCAGCAGUCGGUCCACCAGCGUGUCGUCCUGGAGCAGCCUCUUCACCCGCAGCCGCAGCCGCAGCCGCAGCCGCAGCCGCAGCCGCAGCCGCAGCGACUCCUCCUACCGGAGCUACAGCCGCAGCUCGUCCUGGAACUCCAUCUUCGGGGCUCGCAGUCGCAGCCGGAGUCGCGGCUCGUUGCACAAACGGCACAAAACCCGGCGUUAG